CGACUGCUCUCUUUUCUUCUUUCUUUCUUUCCCUCUCGCUUCCCACAAGCAGCCUUUACACAGUGUUUGUUCCUUUUUUCUUCUCCAAGACAGCUCUUCGCUCCUGAAACUCUCUCUCGUUCUGAAACGGUGCCGUGUUGAAGCUGUGGAAAGCAAAUACUGGGGUUUUCUUCAUGGAGUGAUAUCGGUGAGACUAUAAGUUGAGUCUAUCACUUGGAGGAUGUGAGUGGCAACUUCAGGGUGCUUUUUGUGAGAUUACCUUUGGUGCACUUGACUAUGGGAUCUGCCUGUUGUGUUGCUGCUAGAGACAAGACUAUUGUUAGUGGAUCAGGUAGCGAGGCUUUGCAUAGGAAUAUACGAUAUUCACCGACAUGGAGCUUUCGGUGGGAUAACCGUGGGCGAGUUGCUGGUGAAGAGACUUCAGUAAGUUGGUUUUCUGAUGGAAUUAGCAGGAAUGAUGGUUCAGAUACUAAGUGUGAAUCUGCAUUAGUGUCAGAGGAUGGAAGCCCAUUUGAAAGUCUUCGGAGACGUACAUGGCAAAAGUCUCCAUUUUCAGAAGGAACUGCUGUGCAUUCGAGGACACCUGGUUCAGAUAAAUCUAUCUCGAGAAAUGUCUCGACAGAUAUCAGUUUGGAAGAGGUGAAGGAGUCAAAUGAAUCACCGGCUAUGUCUUGUCCAUCACCUAUGAAACUGUCUCUUUCAUUGCCCUCGACUUCUUCCUUUUCAACAUCUGCUAUGUUGCCCCCGAGUCAACUGCGUCCUCCAAGCUUUACUGAAUCAAGGUGGCCCAACCAGUCUCCUGGACAUUUGCCAUCAGUGCAAAUAUCUGAUGACCAAAUUCAUAAGUCUUCAAAUAACCUCUCAGUUUGUGGGGAAAAACCAGUGAUCCCCUCAUGGAGCAAUGAGUCAAAUGGGGGCUCCCAUGGUGGUUCUUCAGAUGGAUGGUCUAUGCAUGCCUUUUCUGAACUCAUGGCCACAUCUCACAAAGAAAGAUGGUCCUUUGAUAAUGAGAACUUUGGCUUCAAUCGUGAUAACAUAUCUAGGUCGAGUAGUCGAAUUUCAUCUUCACCCCCCGUUGAUCUACAGACUUGUGGGAUUUGCUCAAAGCUUUUGACUGAGAAAUCUUCAUGGAGCAGCCAGAAGAUUAUUGCCACUAACGAUCUUUCUGUUGUUGCUGUUUUGAUCUGUGGACAUGUAUACCAUGCUGAGUGUUUGGAGAAUAUGACUCCUGAGAUGGACAAGUAUGACCCUGCUUGCCCAAUUUGCACUUUGGGAGAGAAGCAGACUCAUAAACUGUCCCAAAAGGCUUUGAAAGCAGAUAUGGAUAUGAAGGCUAAACAAAGCAAGAGGUCAAGGAAGAUCAUGGAUAUUGAUCUUCACAGUGGUUCGGCUGCAUUCGAUCAUGUAAAAAGUGCUGGACAUGAUGCAAAGGGUCCCAAGAUGGCCUCAAGCUCCAGCAUGAAAAACUCUUCAGGAAAGCCUUUCUUGAGGCGGCACUUUUCUUUUGGAUCUAAGGGGAGUAAAUCUUUGUCAGAGACUCAUUCUACUAGAAAGAGGGGGUUCUUCUGGGCUAAAUCUAGCAAGAUGUGAUGACCUACUAGGUAGGAGAGUAUAUCAUCUCUGCAAUCUCAGUUGGAUAAAGGACUGUGAAGGGUACGGGGGGACGCCAUUCAUCAAGAGUUGUUGAACACUUGGGAAUUUCAGCAGGAUUAGCAUGUAAAGUUACACUGUAAAGUGAAAAAUGAAAAACAAUUUAUAAAACAGUUAGAUGUGAUGAAAAACAGUGGAAAAAGUUAUAAUCACUAGACUGGUGAUUUGAUUCAUAUUUGUACAGAUUAAUUUGUUUACUCCUUGCUUUAUGCAUAUUAUGAUUGACCCAA